AUGGACACGCUGGCCCUGGCAAACAGGGGUGAUGAAACUGUUCUAAAAUUGGGCAGUGGUGGCACUCACACCAGCAGCUCACUCUGCAUUUUCGCCGUGCCCUUCACCCAAGACACCUUCCAGCACCCCACGUUGGAUAAUGACGAUACCUUCCUGGGAAAACGCCGGGCUUCCAAGACACCAAAGGAUGACCUGGAUUUCUGCUUAGCAGCCUUGUACAACCACCACACAGGGACAUUCAAGAACAAAAGUGAGAUACUCUUACACCAGGAGACCACCCAGGAUACCCAUGGAAUCAUCAAGAUCCAGUUCCCUGGAGAACUUUUACCCCUUCCUCCGCCACCUUCCAUCAUUUCCCGAGCUAACAUCAGACACUGGAUCAACCCGAAGAAGGAGUCUAUCCAUAGCAUCGAAGGAUCCAUAGUGUCCCCUCACACUGUAGCCACGAAUGGAGGCUAUUCGAGAAAGAAUGAUGGUGGCUUCUUCUCUACCUAA